GAACACAACUUUCUAACCUUUAUAAAAAAAUAUAUAAUGUUUUUUUUUUUUUUUUUUAAUUCCGAGUGUGCAUAGUGUUAUUUGAUUCAGCUGACGGAAAAUUGAAUUCGUUUUUCUACCCUGGGAUUCCUUUUUCGGCACUAACGCACAGCCCCGGAACAUCCCAGACCGUUAUGACGUGAUUCGAUACCGCCAACCCUGAGUACGGGUUUUUCGACACCGUUAACACCGACAACAGUUGAAACUAAUUCUGACAGUGAUCGUCACCGAAACGCAUAUUCUGGAUCGCUGAAGGCGGCGCCAUGUCCUCCUCCGGCGACACGAUGAGGAUCGUCGCCAUCGUCGCCUUCGUGUCCUGUUAUCUGAUCUAUCCGAGCCAUUGUAAUCGCCAACUGUUCCCCGAUGGCUUUCAGCUCGGGUACCGAUGGAGUGCAACUACGCACGUGGGCACCGUGCUACCUUCGAAACAUGUCACAAAAUACUCCUUCGACGCAUACUUUUCGGUCCAAAACUAUCAAAACUAUACCACUUUCCAGAUUAAAGAGUUCCAAACGUCAGAGAAACAACAAGAGUUCCCGUGGAUCACUCUGCCGUUUCGAUGUGCUUACAAAGACGGAGAAGUGCAGAAAAUAGAAACCGAGAACGGAGACGUUUUCGGCUCGUUGAACAUAAAAAGGGCCUUAGUCGCCAUGUUUCAGUUGAAACUAGAAUCGCUUUCGCAACCAGCAUUUGCCACUCAAGAAACCGGCGUCCACGGAAAAUGCGGUGUUCAAUAUCUAGUGACCAAAGAAAACAACGUGACCAACGUAAAGAAAAUUGUGAAUUUUUCCGCGUGUGACAAUAAACUCGGCCAACAGUGGGGCAAUACGCCACCGUUCACUUGUCCUUCCAAUUACCAGGAUGGAAGCAUAAGUCACAGCGUCCGAUCAUACACCCUGGAUGAUAAAAAUAUCAUUCGUCGUCUCAACGUUAUCGGUACGGUGGAGUUCCAACCGUUUCAAGCGUUGGCUGAAGCGCAUCGCAUAUUUGUCAACCAAACGUUUGCUUUGGAGUAUAUCAGACCGUUAACCGAUCCAAUAACGAUGUUUACCAAGUCCGAAAUAGCAAUCGAAUACGAUUUUAACCACUACGAAGAUCCUACUCUGGGCUAUAAGCCGUCCAACAAAACUCAACUCCUCACCGAGAUUCAUGACAUUCUCGGGCAACUGACCGAAAGUCUCAGUUGGGAAUUGGGCACGUCCGACUUGGAUAACCAGACGGCAUUCAGGGCUUUGGAACUUAUGUGGUGGCUGGACACCUCCGACUGGGUAACGCUGUAUGACACCAUCAAAAUCGGGACGAGUUACUCGCAGGAAACUAUACAACACUUCUUUUGGGAUCUCUUGCCGCAAGUGGGGUCUGCUUCUUCGGUGGAGUUUAUUCGUGAUUUGGUCAAGACGCAGAAGGUCAAGAGUUUCCUGGCUACCGGACUUCUAAUGACCUUCCCCUAUAAUGUACGAUAUCCAAACGAGAAGCUCUUACAAGAAUCCGAAAUGUUAUUGUACCUGGACAAAGAUAUUAAAGAUGUCGAAAUUAAAAAAGUUGCUGUUUUAUGUUUUGCUUCUCUGGUACAUAAAACUUGCGGCAAUAUCAUGUGCUCGACCGACACUCAAAACAAAUAUAUAAAACUAUUUUUGGAUAGAUUCAUCGAAUCGAAUAGUUAUGGAGAUCAAAUGCUAUACAUUGAAGCGUUUAGCAAUAUGAAAAUCGACAACAUUUUAGAUUUUUUGCAACCGAUUAUCAACGACCGCAAUCGUUCCAGACACAUCCGAUUAGUAGCCAUUUGGGCAUCAAACCCUGCAACUACUACUUAUCCAGAAAAGGUAGCUGAUGUUUUCUGGCCAUUGCUGACAAAUCGUUCGGAACCACUGGAAAUUCGAACUGCAGCACUUAACAUGUUGCUGAUGUCCCAGCCGACAAUAUCACGAUUACUGACACUAUACUGGUUUAUGCAAACGGAACCAAAUCAACAAAUGUACAAUUACUACUACACAACUAUUAACUCCAUGGUCAACUCCAAAUACCCCUGCUAUAACAAAAACAGUAGAGCAGCUUCACAAAUCGUGAGGUUCGUGGCCCAAAAAUGGCACAACUGGGCGACUGGAAACUAUUUGUUAGACUACGAAGACCCGGUAAGGGGAUAUGGUGGAAUCGUUCAGACGAUCCUAAUAGCCAACGAGCGCACAGGUUUCCCUUCGGUAUUGCGACUGAAGGCUGAACAGCAUUCGUUUGGCAUGUCUUCGGAGUUUGAGAUUCACAUCAAGGCCGAAGGGUUGGUCGCCGGUAUAAAAAAAGAGAUAUUCAGUUCAUUUGGCAAACCUCCCGCUGAGCCUAUAGACGUCUCCGAAAUACUGAAAGCGUUAGAAAAGGCUAAGCUAACGAUACGAGAAGAUGAAGAAUUACACUUUGAAAUGAUAAUCAAAAUAAACAAACAGACCAUUUACUGUCAUCAUUUGAACAAAACCUCGUUUGAAAAUUUCGCUAAUACGAUGAAGAGGAUUAGCUCGCUGUACUUCCAGUUCAGCUUCAACUAUCAACGACUAUCAUUCCCAAUAUGGUUCCAGAGAACUCAAUUUACCGAUUUCGGCACACCGAUACUCUUGCAGUUCAGGACGGCUUCGCUGUUGUCGCUGCGAGGGAGUAUCAAACAAGCGGAAAGCGGCAAGUCCAGAGACGCGGAAUUAGACUUUAGGUACUCCAUGGACACAGUGACUAGUCUGAAAACUUUCAAUCCACUAAGCAACACUUGGCGUGGGGCCGACCGUUUUCGGUGUAUUCACACGAGGAUACCGUUUUCCACGGAGAUCAUCACACAUUUUUACAGGUCCUACGUAAAAGCGUCUGCUCACAGAUACAAGAAUUUUGUGGACGGAUCGAAACUCGGCGUAGUCUGGCAUUCGGCGACUAAAUUAUUCCCGCUAGAGGAAUCAGUGACGAAAGACACUAAAAACGAUUUGCUCAACGACGACUGGGCGUUUGAAUCGAGAGACUUGGGCGCUAAAAUAGCCACAGCCGUGUUCGACUGUCAGGACGAUGGAAAAUUUUCAAACUCUCUGAUGAUCAUCAAAGAAGCCUUCCAGAUCAACAACAAGAAUUACAGAUCGAUACCGGGUGGAAUGGCGUUCUUGGGCGUUUACUCUCUAUCGAACUACUUCACUUUCAUCCCUCCCGAAGACAGCUGCGGCCUUAUAUUGUCCGUGUCGCCUUUACAGGUAAUGCCCGUCUACGUCCAAGAGGGCAACACGAUGCACGUGACCAUGAACCAUUACGACCAAGUGCUGUGGGACCUGAGCUCUCACUACACCCGACUGGCCGACGGAAACCAAGAGCUGUCAUUCCGUCUGAGCCAUUCUAAUCGAGAGCGCAACAUCACCAUCACUAACGGCUAUUGGAGACUGUUGCAGUUCGAAGGCGCGUUCGUUUUACCGUCUCGCAAGUCCGGCGCCCUGCACCCGCCACCGCCACUGCACGGGCAAGCCGUUGUGUCCUGGGGAUACCAUGACUCGGCCACCACAAUGACAUUGUCCAUCAAACCGGAGAACGCGCACGAGAAAUGGCCCGAACAAUGCAUAGCCGAUUCGUCGACGUGUCUGCAAACCGCCAGCGACAUAUCCACCAGCCAAAUCAUAUCACUAGAGUUCGUCAACCUACCGAAUUGGAUGAUAAUCACCAUGCACUCGCUGUUCUCGGACUUCGUCCAUGACGACGGUAACACGACCACGGCGAAAUUCACGUUCCCGACCAAAUUGCCGUGGACGACUAGAGGAAUCUGUGCGGUCAACGAGAAAACCGUGUUAAACUUGGACAAUUCGACCACACACAAUUUCGACUUGAACCAAGACUGUUAUUCUAUAGCGCUGGCUGACUGUUCGACUGCCACUCGGUUCGUGGUCGGUAUCAGAAAGACUCCUACUAACUCGACCCUGGACGUCCGUUUGAUAUCCCAAAACACCGUCAUCGACAUGAUACACGACAGUUCCAAAGUCAGAGUGUACAUUAAUGGCACCGAAAUAGAAGUCACCGAAACCAGCUUACAGUAUCCGCCAAAACCCAAAGACGAAACGUUCAUUUACAAAGUAAAAAGAUGGCAUGAAGAAAUGACCGAUCUAGAAAUCAACCCAGGAGUAACUAUUCAACAUUAUGGUCAAACGGUACUUUUAUUAGUAGAAAGCAAAUUUAGAGGACACACGUGCGGCCUGUGUGGCAACUUUAACGGCGAAAACAGUGACGAAGUAAAUGACACGCCAAAAUGUGUAAACUUGUAAUAAAAAAAAGGCGAUUAAAAAGAAAAUGUUAUUUAAAAUACAAUUAUAUCGUACAUUAACAUAUAGUAUAUAUAUAUAUAUACAAUUUUAUACAUACAUCAUAAUUAUUAUGUAAAUAAAUUGACUAUUGUUAUAUUAAUUUUAA